AUGACUUUCUUUGAAAGGAGUAAACCUGUCAUAUCAAAAAUCCGUGUGGUUGCUGGGGACCCACCUGUAGCUUUAUCUCCAAGUGGCUCUAUGGUGAAAGGGUCAGAUAUACUUCAUACGAUAUCUGCGUCUCAUGACGUGCAUGAUACUCCUAGACCGGUGGUACAUUCGAUAAGUAUACAAUCCGGACUUAAAGCUGAGAAGAGAUACUGGCUAUAUCACUGUGGUGCUUGGAAUAACUCUGGACAAAAUGGCAUAGCGAUUGUCAUGGCCCAUUCCGCUUUGAUUGAGUGGAAACCGGUAAGCGACCGUAUUGCUUAUGCUCGUUUUAAGAGUAAGUUAUGCAAUAUUUCGGUCAUCAAUAUCUAUGUUCCAACUCUGUCGGUAGAUGACCGGGAUAAAGAUAAGUUCUAUGCGGAACUUCAACUGCUAAUAAAAUUUCUACCGGAACAUGACACAUGGUCAUAA